AUGGCAUCAGGCUCAGAGUCCGAUAUCGGCGAUAAGAUUAGUAAAGCUAGCAAGAAAUUUCAUGAUACAUUGAAUAGUAAUAACCUUGAUGAGAUAAAAUCAAUGUAUACUUCCGAUGCCACUUUAAUGCCCCACGGAUAUGAAUCAGUCAUAGGCAAUGAAGCAAUAACAGAAUUUUAUCGAUCAUUGAAAAGAGAAGGAGCUACUCAUGGUAAAGUAUCGAUGGUUGAAUGGGGUGCAAUCGGUCAUGAUUUAUUAUUCGAGCGUGGAACGUUCACAGUAUAUACAAAGGAAGGCGUCCCUAUCGAUGUUGGAAAGUAUGUUACCAUAUGGAAGGAGAUAGAUCAAGAAUUGAAAGCCUACAUCGAUAUUGCUAAUUCCAAUUCUAGGAAUAGCUCUAACUAAUCUUCGACUGCAAUACUAAUGUUAUAAAACAAGUGCAGGAUAAAGAUUAAAGUUAUACUGGAUAUUUUGGCUUUAAAUGUAUGAAGUAUGAUAACUUAUAAUCAUUUUAUAAUUUAUUUAUUUUUAUUACAUUAUUCUAUUUCAACCUAGGUAGAUAGUUUCAUUACAUUUUAAAGGAUAAAUCCAUCAACUAUCCUAACCAGUAGUAAAUUUGCAUUAAAUUUUAUAUAUUAAGGCUUAUUUGAUGUUAACAGUUAGAUUCUUUCACUCUGUAUUUGUGAAAGGUGUCAAAUUUCAGUCUUUCAUACUAUAGUGUAAUCUAUAGCGUGGUAUCAUUAUAAUAAAUAGAUUUUCGAC